UUGAACUCAGUGUUUGUGAAUCAGUCUUGACGUAUAUACUCACAUUUCAAUAGCAAUCUGAUCGAGCUUCUGAUAAUACGUUUUAAUUAAAAAUUGUGCUGGUGAUGAUGAGGUUUGAUUUUAUUAUUUUCUUCCUGUUCGCCCUAAACAAGGUGGAAUCUGCAGAGUUAAAAGAUGUCUUAAAUGUGGCAACGAUGCUGGCACCAAAGAAGGACUUGAUAUCAUGUUACCAAUGCAAAAAUAUCUCAAUAGCGGCAUGCAAUAAUAUAAAAAGCAACGAAACGAGGUUUGUGAAACAAUGUGAAGAAAAUGCUACUGGAUGUAACAAAAGACUCUUCAUAGUUGACGGUAAUACAAUUAUGGAACGUGAUUGUUAUACAGGCAAACAGCCAUUUUUCAAGGAUUUCAAAUGCAACGAUAAUCUAUACGAUGAUCAAAAAUGUUACAUAUGUAAAGACAAUUUGUGUAACAGCAGUAUAUCCAUGUAUGCUCUUGGGCAGAACUCAAUUAUUGUAAUGUUAUCUACAGUGUGUAUAGCAUUCGCAGUUACCAACGCAUUUCAAAGACACGAAUAAAAUACACAUAUUCAUACCCCCUUA